UAAAGAUUUAUCAGCAUUGUAAAAUUAAUAGUUAACGACUCUUGAAUUUUUCUUAUAAAUUGUUUUUCUAUAAACUUUUGCAAAAGUACCUAAAUAUAAAAUGUCGUCUAAAUCAGCUUGCGAUUCCGUUCCCAAUGUACGAACCACCCAACGGCAACGAUCUCUGCGCGAAAUGGUACUUACCAAAGAAACAUCAACUAGAACAACUAAGGCAGAGAGGAUGGGACCACCGGAAAGAGCCAUCGCCUCCAACCGCCACAGAAGUACAAGUAGACAGCCAGUCGGAGGCCACGUCUUCAGUUCGGGAGCAGGAGUCGGCGACCGCCUCCGUGGUAGCAAAGGUUAUAAACUGGGAGCAGUGCAACCUAUCCCCUCCCAGGGAAAUCCUCUCCGAUAAUGAGUCCGAAGCAUCCAGCUUCGAUUUCGCCGUAUCCAACGUAAGCUCUAAGGGGCGGCCCAGCAUGCUCUUCGCCCCCAGCGGCAAACGCAAGGGAGUAGAGAUGGACGUGGCAACGAAGCUGGCAAAUGAAAUGCUACAAAAGGGGAAGGAAGCACUCGAGCAGGCCUGCAAGAUAAAGCGAGAGCACAAGACCACUGCAUUGGAAAGUCUCGCUGGUCUGUAUGAGAUUGUGCUGUCCCUUUCGGAUUCAAGAUCGCGACACAGGUGCAACCUGGAGAAAGAGCGGUCGAGGCAUGCUACCGAACUGAUGAGGGUGGAAAGAGCACACACCAAACACCUUAAUGAGCUCAACAAACAACUCGCUGGGGAACUGGGACUUGCCAGAAAAGACCUGGCCGCCAACCUGGCGGAAACCAAGGCGAUCAGAGACUGGCAAGGAUAUGAGACUCAAGAGCCACACAGGCUCAUAAAGGAGACGGCCGAGGCUAUAGCAGACCUUAAACAGCGUCUGAAAAUGCUGAAUGACGCCGUAGCCACACAAACGGGCCACACAACAUCAAACGAGCCCCUACUGAGGGAGCACGCCAUCAUAAAAAUCGGCGUGGAAACGAUUAAAAACCAGGUGGAUGAGCUACGGCGGGAUGUGCACAAGGAAGCUGAGAAGGCUUCUGAAAUUCAUGGCCUCAACAUAAAAAUGGUCGGUAUUCUGGAGUCUCAGCCGCCCAAUGAAAUCAAGCCUGACAACUGCGAAAUGGGCAAAGUCCUAGAAAUCCUCAGCAAAAUAGACUCUAAGAGGAUUCCCGAGUCCCUCCCGCAGCCCGUCACUGUCGACCUCAAAGAGCAGUUCCAGCCCAUCACGGAAACGCUUGAGGCCGUCAAGUCCGAGCUCCGCACAAUGAGAGAAGAGAAGCUGAGGAUACCACCACCAUCCCUCAGCCUCGAGGCUGAAAUGUGCCUUGCGGAGGGUGAAAAAAGGGCCAAAAAGACCUACGCUAAAGUCGCCGCACUACCCCCUCCACCACCAAGACCAAACCACACUCUUAUAAUAUCGUCCAGUGAUCAAAACCAGACCGGGGACAAUUUAAUUGACCGGAUAGCGGUCGCACUGGACACCAAGAAAACGGGAGCCAAGGUGGACAGAAUUAGAAAGGCCAAAAACCAAAAAGUGGUCCUAAGCUGUGGAACAAGCGAGGAUCUGAACCUCAUCCACAAAAGGGUCCAAAUGGACAAAGGCCUAAGGGUACAGGUGGCAAAGGCAGGGAAUCCUCUAAUUAUAAUAAAAGAUGUCCUCAAGGUCCACACUGACGCAGAGAUUGUGGAGCACCUCCUGGCGCAGAAUAAGCAACUGCUCCAAGGCCAAGACCUCAAAGAAUGCACUAUGAAGGUGCGAUACAGGAAAAAGGCACGCAACACCCAUGAAUGCCACCCGGUCCUGGAAGUUUCCCCGCUCGCCCACAAAAGGCUUAUAGAGGCAGGGAAAGUCUACAUAGGUCUUCAAAGGAGACCUGUGGCAGACCAAUCCCCUCUCGUGCAAUGCACGAAAUGUCUCGGUUUCGGCCAUACAAAGGCGAUCUGUAGGGAAACAGAGGACCUCUGCAGCCAUUGUGGAGGUAAACACACAUGGGAGAAAUGUCAGGUGCGACUGGACAGACUCCCGCCCACGUGCAAAAACUGCUCAGCGUCAGCCAAUGGGGAGAGGAACGACCUGUCGCACAACGCGUUCAGUAGUGAGUGUCCCGAAAGAACAAAAUGGGAUGCUAUAGCACGGUCGCGAAUCUCUUACUGCUAA